GGCGGCGGCGGCGGAGGAGGAGCCGCGGCAGGAGGAGAGCCGCCUGGGUUGCAGAAGAAGCAGAAACGACUGCUGAUCCACCAGGCCCUGACCAGAGACCCCGUCGAUGUCGAGAGCCUCCGGGCGGCGGCGCUGAGCCAGGGCGGGCUCCUCACGGACGAGAUCCGCCGGAAGGUGUGGCCCAAACUCCUGGGUGUGAACGUGUAUAGCCUGCCGCCCAAGCCAGGUCGGGAAGUGCGCCAGAACCACAAAGAUUGCCACCAGGUCCUCUUGGAUGUGCGCCGUUCCGUUCGCCGCUUUCCUCCAGGCAUGCAUGAGGAGCAGCGUCAGGCCCUCCAGGAGCAGCUGACGGACAUCAUCCUCCACGUGCUGAAGACCCACCCUGAGCUGCACUACUACCAGGGCUACCACGACAUUGCUGUGACCCUGCUGCUGGUCUCUGGCGAGCGCAUGGCCGUUGCUCUGCUGGAGAGGCUCUCCACGCUGCAUCUCAGGGACUUUAUGGACCCCACUAUGGACAGCACCAAGCACAUCCUCAAUUACCUCAUGCCUAUUCUGCAGCAGGAGAGCCCUCGACUCCAUGACUUCAUGCAAAGAGCUGAGGUGGGGACCAUCUUUGCCCUGAGCUGGCUGAUCACCUGGUACGGCCACGUCCUCGCCAACUUCCAGCACAUCCUUCGCCUCUAUGAUUUCUUCCUGGCCUCCCACCCUCUCAUGGCAGUUUACUUUGCCGCUGCGAUUGUCCUCUUCCGCGAAGAGGAGGUGCUGGCCUGUGACUGCGACAUGCCCAGCAUCCACCAGCUCCUGUCCCAGAUCCCUCAGGACCUGCCUUACGAGACCCUCAUCGCCCGUGCCCACCAGCUCUUCCAACGUCUCCCCCAUGCCCAGCUGGCCAAGCAGGCAGCGCUUGAGCUCCAGAAGAGCAUCAGCAUUGGCACAUUCUCAGCCUUCCAGCAGGCUGCUUCGUGCCAGCGCCCAGACGCCAUCCUGCGCCAGCAGCAGCAGCAGCAACACUCAACCACCAGCAAGGCAGAGGAAGCGAGUGAACUCCUCCCUGCAGCCGAACACAGCCCUUUGGUGAAGGCCGCAGUCUGGGGCAUCUCAGCCACGCUGGGGGCCGCGGCACUGGCCGUCACGCAGACCGCCCUGGAGUGGGCUCCCGAGUUCCUCCUGCAGCUCUUCUGACCUGGAGCAGAAGACGUCAUGCCCAGUGGACCUGGAGGACCUCCUCUUGGGGGCGCCCUAGCUCUGGGUUCCCUGCCCUGAGCAAAGGGAUCAACUCAAAUGCCACCCAACUCUAUGAUUCUGAUCCAAAGACUCCUGGCUGCCUGGAAUGCUCUGCAGGGCAAGGGGCAGCCAAAAUGCCAGUCAGGGGCAAGUGGAAACCGCUGGCCAGCUUGCAUGCACUCGCUAACAGCUCCGAUUCCCUGCAGAGAUGCCGUGAGUGUUGCAGUGCCUGGGGAGGCUGCCAAGGGGCUGCCGGGUGCUCGACCCCUCGCUUCACCACUGCCGUUCCCCUUGCCUGCAUUGAGGGCUGGGGUCUCCACCUUCGCGCAGCCAGUAACGGCUUCUCUUUGAACAGUGACAGGGAGGCUCCGGGCUUCCUUGCCCAAAAGCUGCAUUGCCACAGGCAACACAUUCAGGGACGGGCGUCUUGAGUUGCCAUAGAGAGGUCAAAUUGCACAUGACCCAGGGCGGAGAAGCAUAGCUGAGGAUUAGAGCGCCCGCCUUGUAUGCAGAUUGGUUUCAGUCCCUGCCGUUCUCCAGGGUCGGGUGGGGUGGGGUUCCUGGGAAAGAUCCCCUGUUUGAAACUCCAGAGAUCCGCUGUCAACCCACUGAGCUAUAGAUGGACCUGCGUCUAACAUGGAAUGAGGCAGCCUCCUAUUCAUAUCUGAAUUGCAUGGAAGCAAUAGUCGCCUGUGCUCUGGGGUUUGGUGCCUGCUAGGUCUGCAAAGCCCUGCUAUGAUCUUCACAUUUCUGGGGUCCCCUCUCUCCCCAGAUGGAGAACAGCGUGAGAGCCUUGCGGCGAGGGUUCCUCAAACCUUGGGUGCUGCCACCAACCUUCUGAUCGGAUAUGUAUACAGGCUCAAGGCAAAAACCCCAAACCUAAAGGGAUAUUUACUCUGACCAACACAGAGCCCAAUGGCAAUUUUAACCAGUGAGACUAUCAAUGUUUUCAGCCGACCCAACACAGGGUGCAACUGGACGGGCUCACACGGGAGGUGCCAGUAGGAGAGAGUUUGCAGAGCCUCUGAACGACCAGGCAAAGCCAAGAGUCCCAUUAUAAGUGGUUUAUUUACUAGGGAGUGGAGGAACACAGGCACACAGCCGUUUAACCAAAAUGAACCGUAGGGAGAGAUCCGCUGCCAAACUGCCUGGAAUAUGCUUUGAAUUCUUGAUUGCCUUCAGAGGUGGAGUUCCCUGUGGGCACCUUCAUUCUGUGCCUGGAUUUCAAGAGAGUCCAAUGAGGGCUCCUGUGAACUCUGCAAGGGCUCUCAU